GUUAAAUCCUUUUAAUGCAUAUAAAUGCAACAACACUAGGUAUCAUCAUAUCUCAAAAUGACUUAUCAGUUAUUAUGGACCUCGUUUUUGUGUGAGGUUGAUUUCCUUGAGUUCAUCCCUUGUGCAUAGGCUUUCAUAGCCUAGUGUAGACAUGUCCACUAGUAGGAUUCCUCUUAAGUGGAUGCCCAAUGAUGUAGCAAAGAAUGGGCCCCACAAUUCGACCCAAAUCAAACUCAGUGCGACCUAAAUCCAAUUUGAUUCCAAGUGUGAUAAUGUAAUCGAAUGUCAUUGAGUUAAUUUGGUUUCAAUUUAAACUCGACAAAUUUGAUAAAUAUUAUGUAACCCAUCUAAGACUAAUUGAGAAUAAUUGGAUGCCAAAUCGAACCUUUGAAGUAAUCCAAAUUAAAUUCAUGUAAAAAAAAUCAAAAUUAGAAAUUAACCGAACUUGAUUUGAUUAAAUCAACAUCAACAAAAUAAAAAUUACCCAAUUUUAUCGCAAUUUGAGCUAAAUCAGCUCACUUCAAAGCAAUUAAAGUAGUGUUAAUUUAAGCACGUAGAUGCAGAUUGACUCGAUUCGAGUUUAAUUUAACGAUGGCGGCUUCAAUUAGCCCAAAUUGACUCAUCUUGAGUCAAUUAAAACUGAAUCGGCAUUAAGUUGAUAUAAUUGAUUGAUUCAAGCUAUUUUUGAAGUCACUUUUAAAUCAAGUUUGCUCGAUUAAUUCGCUAAUUGUAUUAAAAUUUACUUUACAUAUCAAUUAAAUUUAACUAAUUAGAUUUUAAUCAGAAUGUGUCUAAAUUAAGGGUAAAAUGAUCAUUCUCCCCUCCCAAUUUCACUAGAUUUCAAAUGAAAAGAGGUGGCAUCCGUUCACUUGAAACGAGCAAUUAAAAAUACGGCUCAAUUCUCCUUAUUUUAUCAUAUUUUGAACUUGGAGAAGCAAGGAACCAUAAACAAUGUUGAAGCAUCAACCUCUUUUAGAUCCAAAAGAUGUCUAUCAAUAACAGGCUUCCAAGCUCUAUUAAUUGUUUCUCAGCAUUCGAUGUCUUGAUCAAUCAUCCCAAUGCCCUCUAUUGUCAUCUAUUUGCAAAUCAACAUAUGUCGAUCAAUGCAUCAACGAUAUUACCUGACCUUUCAGUAAAAAAAAUUUGGAGCUAUUGAUGAUUACUCUUCAUCAACAUCAUCAAUCCACCUUGUUGUGUAUCAAUAAUGUCGCCACCUUCUUUUGACAUCUUCAAUUGAGUUUUCAUAUUUUAUUCCCUCUUUCUCCAAUGUUGAGGACGGCAAAAUACAUUUCUAAACUCAAAUUAAUACUAGUGGACAUAUUUUAAUUACAAUUUUGUUUUAUUUGAAUUUGUCAUGUAAAAAAACAGUAACCCAAUUUAUAUAGAAUUUUAAUACAAAUAAAAAUGCAACUCUCCAUCUCUAUUAUUAUAAAUUCAUUACGACGAAAAUCUUAUAUUUUGAUAUCUAAAUUUGUAAAUAAUUUUCGAUUAGAUAUGAUGAUUUCCUUACUUGAUGAUAUAUUUGUAUCUCUAAAUCUCUAUCAUGCCAGUCCAACAAUCAGCCUCCACCUAAGAAAAAAGAAACUAUCACCAGGCUUUCUUUAUGUCCUAUCUCAAGGCGCGUUCUCUCUCUUCAACCUUACAUUUGGAGGGAACUAUUUCUAUUACAUAACUCUUAUAGUCUAUACAUGUCCUGAAAUUACUGUUCCAUAUAUAUAUAUAUAAAUCAUCAAGAGUUUAAAAUGAAUGAUUAAGACUUUUUUUUUGACAAAGUUGAAUUCCAUCGUCCUCAACUUCUUUCAAGCAAAUAAAUCACUUUAGCAAUGAACUGUACAUUUUUAACAAGUCAAUUCCGAAAUUUUCUCUUGUAUUCUCCAACAAAAACUCUCUCAUAAAUGAAGUCCACAAAGCAAAAAACAUAGAAAUUGUUGAGAAGCAAAUGAUUUGCAUGCAUUCCAGCUGCCUACAACAAUAAAAUAUUACUGAGUGGUUGGCCGUUUGAUUUUUUCACAUUAUAUUAUUCAUUGAAGCUUUCUAUCAUUCCACUACAUAAAAGACUCUUAUAUAUAUAUAUAUAUAUAGACACACACACUUGCAGUGUAAUUUUAAGUAUCAAACGAUGUCUUACCUAUUGGUUGCCACAGUUUUUGCAUUAAUCCUCUCAGCUCAAGCUGGUGACCCUGAUAUCACCUCUGACUUCGUUGUUCCUCCAGGAACCGAAGCAGAUGCGAACUUCUUUACCUUCAGAGGGUUGAGACAAUCCAUCUGGAAUGGACCUAAGGACGGCAAUGCCUUCCAGGCAACAAAGGCAACCCAAGUGGAAUUUCCAGCACUCACUGGACAAAGCGUAUCUAUUGCGGUUCUCCAAUUUGCACCUCGAGGUUUGAAUCCACCGCACACCCACCCUCGUUCUGCCGAGCUCUUAAUUGUCAUACGGGGAACAUUAAGAGUUGGGUUUGUUGAUUCUAACAACAAGCUCUAUACUCAGUUUUUAUACAAGGGCGACGUCUUCGUUUUCCCUAAGGGACUUGUUCACUUCCAAGCUAAUGUGGACUCCGCAUAUCCUGCCGUCGCCAUAUCUGCAUUUGGAAGUGCCAAUGCUGGGACUGUUUCUCUGCCUAAGACACUUUUCGGUAGUGGUAUCUACGAUUGGCUUUUGGCACAGUCCUUCAAAACCGACGUUGGGACCAUAGAUAAGAUCAUUGCGGCCAACACUGCCUGAUUAUUUCGUCGCUUCCGCCUGCACUGCUUUAUUCACUUUGCUUAUUAGUAAUCAAAUGAAAUGAAUGCAACACAUUUCAUUGCUUCUAAAUAUUAUUGGUGAACAAGUCGUCUUUUGUCGUUAUCUUGUAAGUUUGCUUAUUAUUAUCAAAAUAAUGAUGC